AUGAUGAUCAUGGGAGAAGAUAUUGAGGAUUACAUUAAAUCUGGCGAUUUCUAUUUCGGCGACUGGUCUAGCCGAAUGAGACGUGUACGACGAUCCACUGUGGAAUUGGAAGCGUUACAGAAGAACUUCCCACUGAAGGAACGAAUUCGCAUUUUGGAACAGUUACUUCUGUUAUCUGUGAUUGUCGGUCGAUGGUUGAUGCCCCGAGAGGGUCUCACUCGCGAUCAACUGUCCCAGCUACUACUGAUCAACAUUGGCACUGCAGCUGACAUUCUGGAAUUAUUCGAGGCCUUCAAUGAGCAAGUUGUUCGGGAAAACGACUUGCUUCGAACCGUGAUCUUAUGUUUAUGGCAAGCCAGUUUACUUCAGUUCUGUUUCAAUAAAACAGCCCUUCGUGAGGUGACCAACGGUAAACCUACACGCAAACUGACCGGUUCCAAUCUAUCUAAUCGAUCAAUUGGAGAUCAACCUUCAACGUAUGGAGGUCGGCCAAUGGGUUCGAUAGAUUUCCUCUCCCCGGAUUUCCCGGUCCCCGUGACUGAACAACCUAGAGCAAUUCGACCUCCGAGACAAACCACCGGAUUCUGUGCAUGUUGUCGUUGUCGUCGGCGCAAUCGCGUUGCCUCACUCGAUGAAGUUGAGCAUGCCACGAUAGAGCAGCCGCACACUUGUUGCUCUGACUGUCCCUGUCCAAAUGCUUUCAGCUUCCUGUGUCACGAAAGACCGUGUCUGUGCUGUGAGACCGAAUUGUGGGCGAUCGGAAUGUCUCUCAUGUUGCAAGAUCUACCCUUCCUCAUACUGCGAUUGACCUUAAUCAUUUAUUUUAAUGUUCGCAGCUAUUCCAAUGUGUUUUUCACGUGUAAAAACACACUACUGAUCAUGCUGCAGUUAUUCCGUUCCGUUGUAAUCGUGGUAGAAGCAUACGAACGAGCCAAAGACCCAGUGCAUUCCGACGUUGAAAGUCAGCACAACUCGGGUCGUUGA